UGAAAAUUAUCCGUGCACCUCCUUUGCUCAUUCAGAUGCGCCAGAACUCCUUUGCCCGGCUCAUCGGCCGUGUGCCCGUCCACAGCAUCGGCCUCCUUGGCGUGUCUCAACGGGUCUCGAGUCAUGUCUCUCGUCGCGGCAGAUGGCAAUUACAGCUUCUGACAGCGUCGAAAGCGGGCACAGCCUAAAAAUGCCUUUAUACCUGCUUCCCUGCUAGCCAAACGUUCCUUUGUUCCUCAAACACUUCUUCACCCUGACGCGUUUGGAGUCACCUCUGCAGCUACUUCGUCAGCCUGCUCCAUCGCGUUUCUGCUCUGCUUCUGCUCCUGCCUAUAAACGAUCUGCUAUCAAUGCACCUGUCUUGCUAGCCGCUAGUCUUCCAUGGAAAGAGCUGAUGAGACUGCCAAGUACUUGGCGACUGCCGCUUUCCGCAGUCGACAAGUGGCAGUCGUGCUAUGGGUGGUCUAUCUCAUAUUGAUUGUUGUUGUACGGCUCGUGUCGCUCGUCGUGCAGUAUCACUGUCGCUCGAACAUACCCCUUGCGCUUGCCUGCACAGGCACGCACACACGCUGGCUUUCACAACGUGUUCUACAUACACGACUAGCGCGUUUCACUUAUCACCUCCCGAUCUUCUCGGUAGCCAAUAUUCCCACGUAUGGUGAAAGUGCAGUCAUUGGCGCGUACCUUGCGGCCAACAUAUUGGCCUGCAGCGUGGGUUACACAGGCUACACGAACCAAUCUGCCCUUCGCAAAGCAGUAGCCAUGCGUACAGGGACACUGGCCUUUGCCAACUACCCGCUGCUCGUUGGGCUAGUCGGUCGUAAUGUGGCGAUUGCUCGCUUGACUGGUGUCUCUCGUGCUUCUCUGCGUACGCUACAUCGCUGGUCAGGCAGACUCGUGGCCAUCUUCUCUUUGGCACAUACCAUUGCCUAUCUCUCUGUCUAUCAUGCAUCAGCAACUCCUUCUCGAUCAUUCACCAGCAUCCUGCAGCAUUGUUGGGAGGCACGCUUCUUUAGAGCUGGCGCAGUGGCGAUGAUCGCUGCAAGUAUUCUUUUGUUCGGUUCCUGGCAUGUUCUUCGCCAACGAUGCUACGAGUUGUUCCUUACGUUGCAUAUUCUCUCGGCAGUAGUGUUGCUCUUUGCGAGUUUGCUCCAUGAACGCUGGAGCAGCAAUGCAACCUCUGUCAUUAUUUGGGUCUACCUCGGUCUUGGCCUCUGGGCACUCGACUAUUUCAAUCGUGGUCUCAACAUGCUCUACUGCUGUUUCGCUAGACGAUUGCCUCAAGCAACGUUGACGUGUCUACCUGGAGACAUCACACAAGUCGACAUUGCACUCCCCUCUGGUUGUUUACUGGAACCUGGUGCUACAGUCUACUUGUGCCAGUGGCAAUCAUGGCAAUGGCACCCCUUCACAGUCCUUGCAAAUGAUUUAACAGACGACACAUUGGUCCCCUCUAUCAAGCCAGAACCUGCACGGCAAGAUUCAAUGGCUUCCGUUGCAAGUGACAAGACGCUCGUGAAUGCAACCAUCACGACAUUAAGCAAAGUGGAUGAAGAAUGCGGUUGUGUUGAAGAUGUCUCGCAAAUCAGCCGCAUCAGACUCCUUGUCAAAGCGCAAGGCGGGCUCACCCGUCACUUGCACGAUCUUGCCACGACUGCUGCACGUCGAUCUCGGCAACCUGCCGUGACGCGCGUUUUGCUCGAUGGACCGUAUAUGGAGAAACGAAGCGUGCACCAUAAUAUGCGGAACUUACUCUUGAUGGCAGGUGGUGUUGGCAUCACUGCGGUAUUCCCGGCAUUUCAAGAAGCUUGCCUGCAUAGCACUGCACGACAUCUACAACUUAUUUGGAUCAUCAGGACGCGUGCUGAGAGUCACGUCCUCAAACGACAAAUUGAGGCGUGUCUCGCACGGGCGAAUGCAACGCCGCUUGGACAUCGUGCUUCUGCAACCAUCUAUGUGACACGAGAAGGUGCACCUGCUACGGAGGACCCAUCGACGCCUUCUGUACAGCCGCCCUGCCAAGCUGCUGGUCGUACAUCAUGGCAACCGCGAUGGCGACAGAGCUUUCAAGAAACGAGUCAACGACGUGCGUGUCACCGCAUCCAAUAUAUGUAUGGUAAGCCUGAUGUGGCAGUGUUGCUCGCAGGGGCUGUGGAUUCUGUUCAGGCUGGUCUGGGAUAUUCUGCUCAAUCUACAAAAGAUGUGUAUGGCUUUUCAGCUGCACGUCAAGAGAAGCGGUCGAAGCAGACAGGUGCUGAUGGGCAUUUGUUGCAUGUCCAUGUGUGCGGUUCGCUGGCUCUCUCUGAGGAUGUGAGAUUGGCCAGUGGACAGCGAAGUCUUGGAGAGGGGACAGGGGCAGUUGAGGUUGUAUUUGAGGUACUGCGGUAGUCUGCUCCAGCUACACAAUAGACAGUCUGGUCUAGUCCAGCUAUACAAAUGAUCAUACAGUAGACGGUGUACAAUGUACAUGUACAAGUCAGCGAUUGAGUGUCUGCGCAUUCUAUUUUUGGGCAGCUCGAAACUCGCAUUUGAGCAUGGACCACGCAGACAGCAGACAGAGGGUCUGAUGCUGGAUACGAUGCUGU